GGUCUCCUUGCAGCAGAACCACAACCUGCCUUCCGCUGCCCAGCUCCCCCGCCAGGCGCGCAGCAGCCGGGGCUGGAACACUUUCCCCCCGGGACGGGUUAGGCAGAGGAGGGGGUUCGGUGAGGGCGGAGCUCCGGCGUCCUGCUGCUGCCGCUGUUGCUGCCGCUGCUGCAGCCGCAGCCGCUGCCUGCAAAGCUGCAGCCCCUUGCUCAAAUGCUCCCGCCGGGCACCGCCGGACAGAUGGGCGCUCCCCGGACCUGAAGGAUGAACAGUCGGGCUCGUGAACUCCCACCUCCAAAUUGGCUCUGCGCCUGGUGGUGGCGGCUGCAACCCAGUGGUGGGGGCUGCCCCGCGGUCCCGCCCCGCUCCAGCGCGCCGCCUCAGCUCUUUGCAUAGUAAUUUCAGUUCCUGAUCGCACGGAGCUGGCUCCAGGGCUGGGUUGAAAAGGAUCGCGGCUCGCCAACCAGUCAGACAUCGGUGUGGCGCUGAGAGCCUGUGCUUAGGAUAUGCGACGGGAAGCCCUUGCCACAGCGCAGACAGUGGCCCCGCGGCGCCGGGGAGAGCCAGGCGAAAGCAGGCUGACUCUUCAGCAGAAUCAUCUCUGACUGUGUCUUCACUCUGAGUUCCCACUGCUUCCCAGCAGGAACACCACUCAAGGGAGAGCUCUGGAGUGUUUUUGGAAAGAAGUUCCAUGGGGACUGUACCUGACCCUCUGAGAUCCACUAAAACUUCCCUGAUUGCAGCUUCUUUAAAAGAAGAGGCUCAAGGAGAGCUACAGGCUGCCUUAUCUCAGUUGAGCCAACCAGCUCAACUGGGAAAGAAUGCCAAUGGCCUGGCAGGUGCCCCGGCAGAACCAAGCCUCAGCCCCAUCCCAGCUGCUGAGGCCAUGAUGCAGGCUUGUGAGCAUGAGACCACCCAGCCAGCCAUGUCUUCUCCUGGUAUCUUCAGUGAGGCGGAGGAAGCAUCUCCAACACACAACUCUCCUGGAGAUCCCCAACUGCUGGAAAGUAAAGAGCCCAUAGCACCAACCCUGAGCCCUACAGCAGGAAAGGAUCUUAUACGCAGACCAUUUACAAUGCCAGUCAAUCAGCACACCCACCAGGUCAUCCCAGGUGAUCGGCCCAAUGCCAGCACCUCUUCAAAACCUGAAGAUUCCUUGGUGAAAUCUCAGAGAACCUUGAAUGGAGGGCAGACUGAGAAGUCAAAUUGCCCUGCAGGGAGCACCUGUGGCAGCAGCAAAGAUCAGGCAUCCUGUGGUUUUCCUUCUCAAGAAACAAUCCAGAGAAUGGGAACCGUACAGAGCACCCCGGCCUCCAUGUUCAGUCAUUCUUCAGCUCUUGCAGGUGGACCCGAAGGGGAAAGGCAGCAAGCCAUCUGUGACUCCACAGUGAGGUCCUGUGAGCCUCCAGCAAGAGAAGAUGGAUGUUCAGAGAACAAACAACCCUCUGCCACUGCCUCAGACACCCAUGGUACAACAUCUGGGCCACCUCACUUAUCCCAUCUCACUAGAGAAGUUUCAUCGUGUAUACUAGAUUCAGAGAAGGCGUUAUGGUCAACCCAACAGGUGUCGAAGUUCAAAGAAGCCGGUACAAUGACCAACCAAGCAGAGAGUGAGAGCAAGGAGGCCCCCAGCAAGGCUCGUCAAGAUGCUGAGGUGCAGGCAGUGGCAAGCGUUGAAAGCAGAUCAGUCUCCACUAGCCCCAGCAUCCUCACUGCUUUCUUAAAGGAAACCCCUGCUCCUGAGUGCUCGGAACAUCAAGAGCAGCUGCGUGUCAUUUGCCAGAGCAGUGGCAGUGGCAGUCAUGUGUUGGAGCUCUCUAACAGCAUACAAGUCCCCCAGGAGGCAGGACAGUGCCCUGGCAUUAUGCCCCAGGUACACAUCCAGGUAGCUGCACCUGUCUCUACAGCUUUCCAAGGGGAACUUAAAGGACUGAGCCUACCAGCGGAGAUCCUGAAGACCUCAUCCGUCAGCAGGGCCUCCAAUCAGGCCCAGGAUACUUGUAAAGAAGAUGGGAGACCAGCAGGAGUGAUUCCUGUGAGGGAAGAGUCAAACUCUAGACAGCUUUCAGAUGCUAAUUCUAGCUCACUGAAAGCUAGCCCCAUUGACCAGAGUUCUACCAGUGCAGGCAGUCAAACUGAAGUAAACCAGGAACUGGGGACAUCUGAAGUCAAGACUUCUGACCACAAGACCGACCCAGAUUGCAAACUAUACGACUCCUGCAGCUCUGCCAGCAAAGAGAACCAGUCCAGGAGUUUGGACCCCACUAGUAAAGGAGGCGCAAAGGAGAAGAAGUACGAGUCUCCUCAGAUAGUAAAAGAAAAAGAGCCUGCUGGCACUGAUACUCUAGAUGCCAAAACCCUACUGCUCAAUCCCAAAGCUCAAGAAAAUGCAGGUGCAGGAUCAACUGCUAAUCCCACACCCUCCCCAAAUAAAAAGACCCAGGAGGGCAGCUUAGAGGAAAACAGACAGACCAAGACAGCCACCAGCCUGAGCCUACCCCCGGAUGCCAUGGGUGACUCCAGCCCAGGUUCUGGCAAGAGGACCCCUUCUCGAUCCGUCAAAGCCAGUCCUCGCCGGGCCAGCCGGGUCAGCGAGUUCCUCAAAGAGUUAAAUGUGACAGCAGCCGCUGCUCAGGUGGGGCUCACACCAGGAGAGAAGAAAAAGCAGCUAAGCACAGACGCCAAGCUCCAGCUGAAGCAGUCCAAGCGGGUCAAGGACGUCGUGUGGGACGAGCAGGGCAUGACCUGGGAAGUGUACGGUGCUUCCUUGGACCCGGAGUCCCUGGGAAUCGCCAUCCAGAACCACUUACAAAGACAAAUUCGGGAACAUGAGAAAUUAAUCAAAACACAAAGUGGCCAGACCCGGAGAUCCAUUUCCUCAGACACUUCCUCAAAUAAGAAGCUGAAAGGGAGGCAGCACAGCGUUUUCCAGUCCAUGCUGCAGAACUUCCGUCGCCCCAACUGCUGCGUUCGCCCUGCCCCUUCUUCUGUGUUAGAUUGAAAGGGAACACGUAUUGCGGGGGGUUCUGAGCAUGAGGAGGAAAAAGUACCCAAACUCUGCACUGGGUACAACCUACUGGACACAACCUAAAUUAGUAAAAGCUUUUGAUUUCCUUCAAAGCAAUCUAACUGUUUGUGCAGCCUGCAUAAGAAGACCACGGUGACAGCCUUGUCAGAGCCUGAGAAUGGUAAUUACAGUUGUUAUGCUUGGAAAUUAUAAUGAAUUUUUUAAGUUUCUUACUAAUCGGCCUCUAUUAAGAAUGCUAUCUAAUGUAGAAAUUACCAUCAAAUUACAAAGCAAAACACAUUUAAUGAUUAGAGAUUGAAUCUAAAACUCCCUCUUCUGGACUUAAGCACCUAUUUUGACCAGAACUCCUCUGUCUCCUCUCUGUCACUCACUGGCAGUUGUUUUCCAUCACAGGAUAGCACACGCGCUGUGUAUACAUAGAGUACACCUUGUACACCCAGGAGCAGCUGUCGAUAGCAUCUACUCCAGAUGGGUGGGCCUGAGGUAAUCCUCUGCUGUGAAGUGGCUAGAACAGGCUGUUCCCACAUAAACAUAGAAGAGAAGAAAAAUUCAACAUCCGGCAAUAAUAUUUACUUUCAUGAGUUUAGAGUAACCACAUGAUUUAUAAAUAGUGAAAUGAAGCAGAGAUCUUAGAGACGAAUGUAGGCAUUGGUCACACAUUAAGUAAAUCAGAACCACUCAAAUUGGUAUUGUAGUUGUGCCUCUCAAACCAAAACUUUAAGCAAAAGUGUUUGAUGAAAUGUUUGGUUUUUUUUUGGUGCUAAAACUAAUUUCUUGAUUUCUUCAACACUCUAGAAAUGGUCACAAGAUAGUACGAAACGUUUCUUGUUUUGUUCUAAUCAAAUCUUAUAGAACUAGCAGCUUUUAGAAACCAUAAUAAGAAUAUAUCAUCAGAUAGAUGGGAAAUAGGAGAUAAGAGGCUAUUUAAGAGAGUUUUUACAUUUUAGUACCUAGCCUAAGCUGCUUUCAAAAUAAACCAUGCUUGAAAUUCUUCCUUUACAUCAAUCUGUGACACAGAAUUAGGCAGUUAGUAUGUCAUUCGGGAUGUCUGGGAUUCAUUCAACAAAGAAAGUUGCAAAUAAUUUUCCUGGUGGACUUUGAAUUUGCUCAGUCAUUCCUUGCUUUACCUGCAUGAUGCUCAUUGAGUUGAAAAUUGAGAGAUGUUUGUAUUUGUCCUCAAUUUCUUUUAAAUGUGAUUUGAUCCAUUUUAAUAUACCCUACUUUUAGAUUUAUAGAGAGGAAAUGUUUUAUUAAAUCAAGAAAUAGAAAAAUACUCCCUAAACCAGUAAUAAAAGAUGUGAGUUAGAACUUAGUGUCUGGAAGGUCAUUCAACAUUUAAAGUGUGAAGAUACUAUACUGCUUACCAAGAAUUUUUAUUUAAAUAUUAAUUGUUCUAGGAAUAUGAUCACAAAAAAAAAGCCUAUGCUUUUUUACUGCCAUGUGUUUAUCUUGAAUGCCUUUCUAAUCAUGUCUUUUUAAAUUACUGGCUUUUGAUGCCACAGACUAUUUUACAUACAGUAAAAUCCUGAUUAAACUUUCUGUUUUGAAUUACUAGCAUAAGUUGAAUAUUUUUAAUUCCAAGUUAACCAGAAACCUUUCUGUUUGUGUCCAAAAUGAAGUUUGGAUAAAAUGGAUUAGUAUGUUUUCCUACCUUUCAAAUUCAGCUAUAUUGAAUGUAAUUUGAUCUUUCGUAAUUUUUUAAUCUUGAGAAUCAUCUGAAAUUCAUUAUUUGGGAUACCAAUAUUUUCCAUGUUAUAGGUUAAAUAUCAAAAUUGAAAUAAAUUGACCUGAGUACACAUAUGCAACGUAUACCCUAUAGGUUGAAUUUUGAAACCAAAUCUUUAAUAGGAGCUUGCAACCUUAAAAUAGAAAGCAAAAGAGGAAAAUGGCAUUUGGUUGUAUCCCAGAGUGUUGAGAUGUUCUAUCCCUAGUUUAUACUAAUGUUCCUCUCAUUUUAGGGAAUUUCUGUUAUUCUGGGAAUAGUUGUAUAUAUAACACCAAGAAUAGAAUAUGAUGGGACUUUAAAAUUUGUUUACAGAGGAUGUAUACAAUGUGCUGUUAAUGUAAAUUGUCUGACCUUUGCUAUAUUCACUCCAUUACUGUUUUGAUGCCAAAUUGUGAGAAAUUAUUGUCUUCUUUUUCUCCUACAUCUUGUGCAAGUGUUAAAAAAAAAUUGCCCACCUCUGGUACCACAUAAUUCACCAUUUUUCUUGUCUACAUUUUCAGAACCAGUAUAAGAAAAACAAUAUAUUAAGAUAAGGUUUGCAUAUAUGUAUAUGUGUUUUUAUUGAAAAUCGGGCAUCUGUAGCCUUGUGUAGACCUCUACCUGCCUGAUUGACUAAGUCUCCACAAUGUUGCCAUGGAGAGGAGGCUGUGUACUCUCUCCUCCUUUGUCCUGAAUGAUGUUUGAGAAACAAAGCCUGUGAAUUUCCUUCUGUGAUAACACAGUGAGCCCAGCAGUAUCUGGGAUGAGUGAGUUGACCACCUUGUCCAGCCCUUGUUUUGUCUACACAAUGAAUCAGAAGUCUUCACGUCCACUCUAGCGUUUGCUUUUCACAUUCAUCUGAGCAUUUUGUUUUCUGAUAGCAGUGUCUUUCAAUGUCGUAUGUAUCCCUUCGGGUUGAUUUUCUCCAAAUGUAGGUUAACUGCUGCCACCUGGCAACUAACAUGCAAUUUACUGAAUCUCCUGUCCAUCCUUGUAACUGUAUCCUUCUUAAUGAAAUUCUGCAACUGGCUGAGUAAUUACAAAUGUCAUCUGUGCAGACACAUGGGCUUAAGAAUGACAACACAAUUUUGAACACUUUUUCAAAAGGGGAAAAAUACUCUAUAAGUACUGAAACAAAUUUCCAUGAACUUUAUCCUGCUCUUGGUGAAAAAAAUUUUUCUCCUUGGCUACAGAAAUCGAAUAAGCAAUGACCAAGGACAUAAAUGAGUAUGAACUGAGGUGGAAAAGUUCUGUCUCACAAGUAAUCAUUGACAUCUGCUGAAGGUCAUUACAGCUACUUUUAACUGUGAACACUCACCAGCUAAACUAUUUACUUGCCACAACCAAAUAACCUCUCUCAAAGUAAAUCCAAUACGACUGUAUAUAUGUGUAGAUAGAAACAACAAAAAGUCCUGAAAAAUGACUGUGGGCUGUUGGGAAAAUUAAGGUGAUGAUAGAUAUAAAAGACAUUCAAAUAAUCAUGGGAUUUGGUGAAAUGACUAUGGGGGCAAGAAUGGUGCGACAAGAUAUUAUUUACAGGGUUUUUUAAAACCCAGAUAUCUCAGAUACUAAUCAUGAGAAUAAAGACUGUUGAAUAUGAAAUUAAAGCCAAGCAAUAAUGUGCCAAAACGAGGCAGUUAUACCAGCAGGUGCAUCUGUUAUAGGCACACUGUUAUAUAAUUAUGGUUUGCUCUAUGAAGACUUGACUGUAACCCAGAGGAUAAAAGAAGUGAAGGCAUAAUUUCUGCUUUCUUGUUGAAUAAACUUGUUAGGAGUUCCAUAAAGAGGCAUAACAUUAGUGAGCAUGAGUAGAGACACAGGCAACGUCUCUGUUUUCAUGCUAGCCAAAACAGAAGAGGAACCACUAAAAGGUUUGCUGGCUUAAAACUCAAGACAGCUCCAACCAGAAACUUCUGUCAAGAGAAGGGGAUAAAUUUAUGGUAAUUACUCUUCCUGGACCCUAGCACUUUCCAAAGCAAUUCAGUUAACUCUUCCAAGAGGAUUGCCAGUCUUAGCUUAAAAAAUGGGCUCCCAGAUGUAAAGUCACUAAAACAUGAAUACUUGUAUCCAAAGGGGCCACAAAUAAUGCCUUACAGAAAAUGAUGUUCCAGAUGGUCAACUCUAAAUACUAAUUCUUCAAGUGUCUUUCUGGGUUAAAGUUCAAAAUAUUAAUUGACUGCCAAAUAGCAGGAAUUAAAAUGACAUAUUUUACACUUGAGGAAAAGAUACUGGUAAUCAACCAAUAAGGUGAUAAUUAUAAAGAGAUACCCAAGUGAUUUAAGUAUUUUAGGGAAAAUUAAAUGGGAGAGAAAUGCUAACUUCUUUCUUGAUCUUUUAAAUGUGGAGAUGUCAUCAAUUUAUUUCUGGGAAGAAAAUUAUAGCUUGCUCUUUUACAUUACUGCCAGUAUUGCUGUUUGUUACUUUAAAAAUUAAAUUGUCUCUUCUUUUAUCAGCUAAACAAAUUCUUUCUGAUUCCUAUCACUGCUUUUAAUAACAUGUAAAGACUGUGUGUAGAGCAAACUAUAUUGAAUGAGUAGAAGAGGGUUACCCGUGUUAAUCAGCAUCCUUAAUGAUUUUAGUUUAGAUUUUUUAGCAUUUGUUUUCAAUCACAUCUUUGAGUAAAUUGUCUUCUAUUAUGUCUUAAAAUGAUGCUGGUAAAUCUGGAGAGUGCAGUAUUAUAGUUCUACUCCUCAAUCCCUGGAAGAGAGGAGAGACUGAUUCUUUAAGGGCAUCCACAGAUAACUUUUAUUGAGUUUGAGAGAGGUCAGUAUGACCUGACAACUCAAGAAAAAUAUCUACUAGCAAUUACUAAAUUUCUAAAUGUAUUUAUCUCUGUUGUACUAAUGUGUGAACAAUAUGUUGUGCAUAAUACCAUUACUGGUUGUGGUAUAUCAGUGCAUUCUGUAAGUUUAUACAGUCUGUGAGUGAUUGGCUUGCUAUUUUUAUGUGUAGAAACAAAUAACAUGCUGUAUCCCAUUUUAAAGGCUGACUCUUGUCAUCAGGUAGGCACAUCUACAAAAAUGAAUAAAGUCAACACAAGUGUGCAUGUGUGUUCAAUAACUAAAUUCGUCCUUUCAUUUUCCAAGGUCAGAAAGGGCUGUUUUGUUUUGCUUCUUUUUCAUCUCUGAGAGUAGAUAACAUAAUCAUCACAAAGGCUGAAUACAGUAAUCAGUACACUGGCAUAUUACUAAAAUAUGCCAGGGCUAAUUACCCAUGCCAUUCAUCACAGGUAAGGUCAGUUCUUUGACCACUGGGAAGAUUUACAUUCCUCACACAUCCUCUCUGUGCUAAGUGUGUGACUAGGAUGUACAUACUAUGGGUGUGAUUGUGUACAUACCUUGUAUGAAUUAUCUAAAUCCUCAAAGCAGCUGCAGGAAAGCAGGAAGAAGAAACAGUUGUUCAAAAGCCUCAAAAGGGCUAAUCAACAGGUAUUUUCACUUUCUACACAUAAAAAUGUAUACUUAGCAUCACUGUAAAUAGCUUAUCCACAUAUAUAUGCACACAUAAAUGCAUUUUACUCAAACUGGUGUAUUUGAAUAAAUCACAAAACAACUAAUUGAAAGCUACAACAUUCCUUUUAUGUUUUACAAUAAUUAAUGUUAAACCCAAUUCUUCCCCUUACGUGGUGUCUCUCCCUGGUAGCAGAUUUCAUGUUUAGGAAGGGUCAGCCCUCUGAGUUAUAAAAAUCUAGUUAGCAUCUUACUGAGGCUGGUACCAGUGCAGCUUCCAAAUACUAAUGCUGUUUUUAAACACCGAAUUUUAUAUCCAGGGAUGACAAAUACUGGGGAAAACCACUUGGGUUUGGAGACUCCAUUUGGACAUAUAUCAAUAUGUUUGCACAGGCUAAUAAAAACCCUACAUUUUUUCAGAGAUGUAUCCCUAGAUUUCAAAAGCAUGUGAAGUUACUCAAAGUAGAAAACAGUUUUAGGCAUUAUUCUCCUGGUAUCAGCCAAAUUAAUUUUACUAAUACCAAAGAGAAGUCAAAGAUUAAAAUUAAAAAGAAAUUACAGAUAUGGUGUCAGUAGGAUAAUAAGCUAUGAGCAAUUGGGAGUUCCUUAAGAAGGACUCAAAAAAACUAAAUUACUCUUGUUGAUAGAGAUUGUGUGUCUAGUCAUUAGUGGGUAAGUGUUAACACUGGACAAGAUUUUUUCAACUUAUCACAGUCCUAACUGGUGAAUUUAUAUUGCUCAAAUUUCUCUCAUUUCUUAUCAAACAAAAUGAUCUGUUAGCGAUCCAAAAGGUCUGAUUUGGUUCCAAAAGCCUAAUAGAAUUUAACCCUGAUCCCUCAACACAAAAUUAUACUGACUGGUUACUGGACUGAAGAUAUGAAUGGAAACACCACAAUCACCCCCUUGAUAAAUAAUUUCUUUUGGAAAAGUACAAAUAUAACCACUUCUCAGUAAGAGUUAACAAUAACAUUUAAAUACAUAAUCAUGUUUUAGAGAACGAUGCGCCAUCUUUUUACCUAGAUAAAAAGAAAAACUUAACCACAUAUAAACACUACGUUUACAGCUAUAGCUGGCAAUGUUUUUUAACUAUUACAAAUAUACUUGUUUAUAAGAACAACUUACCUGAAAUCUUGAUGUUUAUCAAUAUUUGUUGUUGAGUAAAAAAAAAAUUAUGUAAUUUUGAAGAUGUGUAUUAACUUAUAUGACACCCAGAAAAAUUAUAAUUGUUAAUAUGAGAAUCAUUUGUAUGUAAAUAUUCAGCUCAGAAAGACCAAAACAUUAACAUUAAAUCACUAACAAAAUAAAAAUAUUCUAAAUGGAAAGUCUAUUUAUAAAUGUACCAAUAUUAGAAUCUAAAAUUAUGUCUUGUCAUAAUGUCUAUAUACGCAGAUCAUAAACUGGUUCCCAUAUUCCAUGUGUUGACCAACAAAAUUCAUUUCCUAGAAAAAGAUGGAAUGUUAUGAUUUAUACAUGAAAAAUAAAAGAUUUUGGAUUAAAUGUACUCCCACCUUCAUUUCAAAUUUGAUUUUUGAAUGAAUGUUAAAAUACUGAAAUUCAAUUUAUGACUUAGUUUUACCCUCAAAAAUUUAGAAAAUAAUUUUUUUGCAUUUUA